ACUAGGGACAUGAUCGAAGAAGUCGAGCGGUGCAGAAUCCAGCGGCGCAAGUGCAGCACGCGGCGGGAGCAAGAAAGGGAAAGCGAAGGACCACGGAUGACAGCGAGACAAGGAUGAAGGCUUGGAUAGCAAGUACUUUCGGUGGAUCGGUGAAGAAGAUCGCCGAUAAAUUAGAAGAAGUAGACAGGAAGACCAGUGCUGCUAUCCAAGAUCGUGGGAAGAAGAGGAUGGAGGAAGCCGAAGAAGAGAAGCAGGAUGGCGGGAGUAGCGAGAAACGAAAACGUGAGUUCGCGUCACCAGCCGCUGCCCGAUCGAGAUCUAAAUCCCGAUCGAAAAGUGUUGGAGGCGACAUUAAAGUGCAACCUCUGCGGAUUAACAUUUCGGAUGACGAUGACGAGAGAAGGGCGGGGGAGAAACAGCGAGUCAACACACGGAUUGAUGAGACGCAGGAGCAUCAAGUGAACGUGAGGGAAGGUGAGAAGUUGGAUGAGAUAAAAAACGUGCUCCAAGCGCUGAUGGGGAAGACCGAAGCAAGUGGAUCUAGUCCCACAAAGAACUGUGGUGGGAACAAAGGUGGAACCUCCGACAAUAUGAAGAAGGAACACUGUAUGGAGGUGGAAGCUAAGGUGCAAGUUGUGAAAUCCGUGAAGGAGAAGGCCGUGAUGGCACAGGAGGAAGUGAUUGAGUAUAUGAGGUGUUGCCUGGAUUACUACAUGACAUUGAAGGAGGUCAAGGCCAUGUGCAAGAAGAGGGAUGCGCGCUGUGAUCGCAAGGACAAAGGUGCGUGGGAGCUAGCUAAACAGGACACAGACCAGUUCGCGAAGUUGGUGAACAACACCGAAGGAGAAGAGGAUGACGAGGGAGAGGGAAACUCCACUAGAGAGGAAGACGAGGAAGACUGCAACAGCGGUGGUGAAGACAAUGACGAGGAAGAGGGGGAUGUGUCGGGGAAUUGAAGUUCUCGAAACGGAGCGUUCUACGGUUCCUUAGGCGGUUGAGUAAAUUGCGUAUUGACCA